GCUCACGAGGUUCUUCCUUUCUCAGCUAGCGUCGUUGCAGCGGGUGAGUGCGUGGCGUGGAUGGACUGGUGAAAUUCCGCAAAAAAUCACCAAAGUCGGUCGUGUCUGAGUUUCGCUAGAACGCCACCACCAUGCCGGCGUAUUUUCAAAGGCCGGAGAAUGCUCUGAAACGAGCGAACGGUGAGUGUUGAGAGAAACACAGCUUUGUAUUUGACGGGUGUCAGACCUUCACGCUAGCUCGCGCAUGACUGUGCUGUUAGCUGAGCUAACAGUGGCGGGGAGGUGAAGUCGCUGUCUCACGGCCACUUUUCUCAGUGAACAGGCCUUGCUAUGGCCUUUUGUUGACUGUCUCACCUAGUGCCCUUCCUUGUCGGACAAACUUUGACAUGUUUGUGGUAUUAAUCAAAACAUUAACCGCUGUCAUCUAGCCUUGCUGCGGCCGUCCUUCUCGUAGCAGACAGUCAAUGCUAAUAUGACGCUCAUGAACCGGCUCAGGCCUCACCGCUCACUCUCUUAUUACUGGGUGAGACAAAGGUAAUGUUACUCAUUCAAAUGUGUACUGUUUACUUGAACAUGUAAUGGUGCUGAUGCAUCACUAAAUUAUAAAGAGCCUAUAUCUUUGCCUUGUUGAAUGUGAAAGGCAAACUUCAACAUUUUACGUCUAUCUGAUGCAAGUAAAAUAAUGAAAUAAUUUGAACAUGGUAGUGAUCGACUGAUUACAAUUAUUCAAAGGCUGAUAGGUUGGCUGAUGUUAGAUAAUCAAUAACAAUAUCAUUGUUAUUUAAAGUUUCCUUUAUUUUGCACAAUAUAAAAUAGUUGUAAAACACUUUACUAAUAGCCUACUGUCAAAUGAGAAACUAUGUUUCACAACAGUAGCGAACAUUUCAUGGAAGAAGUGUAGACACUCUAUCUUUGCCAAGACGCAAUAUUGGGUCUGUCCAGUUAUCACAUCAUUUAAAAAGCAAUGAAAAUCCAAGGUUAUUAUUGUGAUCAGCAUUUGAAAAUGUCUUGUGUAAAUCCAUUGUUUCACACACAUUAAAAUCCAACAUUCAUGGCAAGCCAGUAAUGUGUAAAAUGUAUUUUCAAUUCAUUUAAAAUACACAAUGACAAUUUCAACCUUGUGGGGACCAUGUAAGUUUGAUGCUGAUAACAAAAAACUGCCAUUGAGUGGUCGUAUUAAUCAGUCUCUUCACAGCAUAUGGGUCAUACAGCCCAAGAAAAUUUGAAAUUCAGUUUUUUAAACUAUCCAAUUUUUUUUACAAGUUAAAAACAGAAAUUACAACCCAGAAAUACACAGUUUCUUGAGGGCAUUGUCAUUUUACUCUCCAUAUUUUCUAGGCUUUUUUUCCCCAUGAAUGUUAUUGUAAAUAUUUUGUGACAUGACAGCGAUCACCCUAUAUCUCUGAAGUCCAGGUAGUUCUGAUAGGAGCUCUCAGCACAUCUGUAGUUUUGGAUUUGGUAUUGGUCAUCUUCCUUUUAACACUGAUUCUCUCAGAGGCACAUUGCAGCUGACUUGGUUUGCCAAUCAAGCACAGUAGUUUAAUGGUCAGUAAACCAUUUUGAACAAUGUGAGCAGGUGCAAAGUCCUGCUGGAAAAAGGAAUGCUGCAUUUCUGUAAUGCUUGGCAGGAGAUGGAAGCAUAAAGUGCUCCAAACCCCCCUGGUGCAUAGUUGUGAGUCUAAAAUUAUAUUGAAUAAGUGAUAGAAAGGUUGAAAUUUUUGCAUAACAUCCUAAUUUUUUGAGAUGCAACUUCAUGUCCUUUCACAGAGUUUCUUGAGGUUGGGAAGAAGCAACCAGCCUUGGAUGUUUUGUACGAUGUCAUCAAGAGCAAGAAACAUCGAACAUGGCAGAAGAUCCACGAGCCAAUCAUGCUCAAGUAUCUGGAGCUUUGCGUGGAUCUUCGCAAAAGCCACCUGGCCAAGGAGGGUCUCUACCAGUACAAGAAUAUCUGCCAGCAGGUGUGUGAGGAGAAAUCAGUGACACUUGCACAGAUUAGCUAAUUGUUGACUUUGGUACUUUUGAACUCAUUGUAUAAUGUUAUGAUGUCUUUUGCUACAAGGUGAACAUCAAGUCCCUGGAGGAUGUGGUCAGGGCCUACCUCAAGUUGGCGGAGGAGAAGACUGAGACAGCCAAGGAGGAGUCCCAGCAGAUGGUCCUGGAUAUUGAGGAUCUGGACAACAUCCAGACUCCUGAGAGGUGAGAAUACUCAAGUGUUGGAAGCAGAAAAGAUUUGCUUUGUGGAUUUUUUUUAAAUCGGCUAAGCAUCUUCUUUACAUGAUAUGCAGAAUUGCCUUUAGGCUAAUUCAAGUUUAGCCUUGUAAAAUAACAGUGAAGAGGAUCUGGUUUUACAUUGUGCUGGUGACACUGCCUGUAGCAGAUAGAUGAAAGGUUUAUUGUUCUUAACAAACCUGUUCUAUUUCCAGUGUGCUUCUGAGUGCUGUAAGUGGUGAAGACACUCAGGAUCGUACUGACCGCCUGUUGCUCACCCCCUGGGUGAAGUUCCUUUGGGAGUCUUACCGCCAGUGUCUGGACCUUCUUCGGAAUAACUCCAAAGUGGAGCGUCUGUACCAUGACAUUGCCCAGCAAGGUGAAUAUUUGUUCAAACAAAGUUGUUAAUCCAGUUGCUGUAAGAAUUACUGUCAUCACCCAGCUUUACUUUGGUUUCAUCAAGGUUUAUCUUAUGAGAUAAUAGAACAUGACGUAUCAAUGCGCCAUUUAGAAAAACACACUGUCAUUGUCAAGCUGUAAAUAGUAAGUCACUGAGUUAAAAUAUGUUCCCUUUUCAAGUGUUCAUCUGGAUUUAGAAUGUGAGAUGUACAUCUUUACAAUAAAAAAAAGAUCAUGCACUUGAACAACUUCUGACAAAACAGACUUUGAACAUGACAAACUGAAAAACACAGCUUCAUCUUUCCACCAGCAUUCAAGUUCUGCCUUCAGUACACCCGCAAGGCAGAAUUUCGCAAGUUGUGCGACAAUCUGCGAAUGCACCUUGGUCAGAUUCAGCGUCACCACAACCAGAGCACUGCCAUCAACCUGAACAACCCUGAGAGCCAGUCCAUGCACCUGGAAACACGCCUGGUGCAGCUGGACAGUGCCAUAAGCAUGGAGCUCUGGCAGGUCUGUCCAUUUUGAACCAAAAAGAUGCAUGCAUGUUUUGGUCUAAACUCUCAUAUUGGUUGUCUAGUUUCAGUAAGUAUGUGAUGCAUGGCCUCACUGAACAUGUCUUUACUGAUGAUGAAUUCUUUGUUUUUUAGGAAGCUUUUAAGGCUGUCGAGGAUAUCCACGGCCUGUUUGCACUUUCGAAGAAGCCUCCCAAACCCCAGCUCAUGGCCAACUACUACAACAAGGUGUCAACUGUGUUCUGGAAAUCUGGAAAUGCUCUGUUCCACGCCAGCACCCUCCACAGGCUCUAUCACCUCUCAAGGGAGAUGCGCAAGAAUCUGACACAAGAGGAGAUGCAAAGGUAUACUCGUAAUCUGCUGAUAAAUACACAGGAAUACAAGUGCGCAGUGGGUGAAUAAUGCUCACUGUCUAUAUUUAGGAUGUCUACAAGAGUCCUCCUGGCCACACUGUCGAUUCCCAUCACCCCUGAGCGCACUGACAUUGCCCGGUUGCUGGACAUGGAUGGAAUCAUUGUGGAAAAACAUCGCAGGCUGGCCACCCUCCUUGGCCUGCAGUCUCCUCCUACUCGUCAGAGUCUCAUCAACGACAUGGUACACUUCAUCUGUAUUAUUCCAAGGAAUUUAAAAAAGGCUCUUGACUGUGUGCUUUCAUGAAAAGAUUUAUCCAAUCCUGUCGAAUUGUGGCAGUUAGAUUUGGAGAAGUUUUCAGAUCCUUCCUUUUGUGUUUCUUUUUCAGGUGAGAUUUAACUUGCUGCAGUAUGUCGUACCUGAAGUUAAAGAACUUUACAACUGGCUUGAAGUAGAUUUUCAUCCUCUGAAGCUCAGUGGAAGAGUGACCAAGGUAAGUGAUCAAGCUGCAUCCAGCCUAGUCUCCAAAGUCUCUUAACAAUGUUUAUCAAUCAGCCAAUCUUCAAUCAGUGUUUAUCAGUAUAACCCCAGUCCACAACAUAUGUGCUCUGUAUGCUUUACAGAGAGGGUGAGACUAGGCUGUACUCUUUGUUAUCCUAUUUACAAAGACUCAGCAUUAAAAUAGGAUAAGUCCAUUUGUAUUUUAAGAUCCCAUCUUGACCCACCAUGAGCAGCAAACUUGCACAGUUGAGCAACUUAGAAGCAAGAAAAAAACUUCCCUUUAACAGGUAGAAACCUUCAGCAGAAUUCAACUCAUGUUCAACAGCCAUCUGCUGUAAUCAUGUGAGGAUAAGAGAAGGGGGAGGGCAGAAAGAAAGAAUGGAUAGAAACAACAAUAUUCACAGAUGACAAACAAAAUUGAUGAUAAUAGACUGAACGAGGCAAGCCAAGAUCAACUUUAGUUUCACAAUAGUCACAAAAACGAUGAGACUGAUAUUUAUUGCCUUAGCAGCUGGAGUCAGACAGCAGCAGGCCAUCUGCAGCAACAACCCAAAGAGACCUACAAAACAAGGGAGAUCACAGGCUCCCAGGAGGUGUUUCAUAUUACUUUGUGUAAAUGGGACAUAGAGAUUGAAAUUGCAGACAAAGGUGAGAGAGGGAAACAAAGAGAGGAUCCCAGUGUGGCAGCUCUCUAUAUGAGUAUGUAGCAUAGGGCUGAUCCAGUCUGUGAGCUGUGUCAAACAAACUGGUUUAUAAAGCAAACAAUAGCAAAUUAACUUUGGCUAAUAUAACCUUAAACCCAGUAAAUGGUCUUUGUCUGUCUCCCUUUCUAUUUAGGUGUUGAACUGGGUCAGAGACCAGGCAGAGAAGGAGGCUGAUCUGCAGCAGUAUGUCCCUCAUCUACAGAGCAACACCAUCCUAAGGCUUCUUCAACAAGUAAUUCACUUGAGUCUUUCAAAUCUUUCCACAUGCUUUCAUUUCCUACGUCUGCACUGUGCUGCUUGAAACUUCUCUGAUGAAACUGUGCCCCCAUUCUAGGUUGCACAGAUCUAUCAGAGCAUUGAGUUCACUCGUCUGGCCUCUCUGGUUCCAUUUGUGGACGCCUUCCAGCUUGAGCGCUCCAUUGUGGAUGCUGCUCGCCACUGUGAUCUGCAGGUAAGCUCAAGAUCAGAAGAAAGCGAUGGUCUUGGAUGGACAGACAUCAUUGAUAAAUCAAUCCAAGUGUUAUGUGUUGAGGAUCGGUGCAAAGACCAAAGGGUGUUCUGAUGAACUUACCCAGUAAUUUCCUUUCUCUGGCAGGUGCGUAUAGACCACACCUCUCGAACUCUAAGCUUUGGCUCUGACCUGAACUACUCCACCAAAGAAGAUGCUCCUGUUGGUCCGUUUCUGCAAAACAUGCCCUCAGAGCAGAUAAGGAACCAGCUGACUGCCAUGUCCGCUUCUUUGGCCAAGGCCAUCCAGGUCAUCAAGCCUGCCUCCAUCUUGGUGAGUCCCUCUUACCCUCAUGUAUAGACACACACACAGAUAGAUGAUCGCCACCAGAGUGAAAAUCUAGGAAACCCAAAAGUUUAUGUCUGCUAGUGACAUUGAUUUUUCUUGUAACAGUAAUGUUUGAGAGCAGAAUUACAACCUAUGCAAUUAAGCUUUGGUUUUCGUUAUUGACUGUUUUACUUCAAACCACCAAAACUUGUGGAAAUGUCUGUGGUUCAUACUAUUGAAGAGCAUCCAGUCCAUAUGUUUUAGAGAGGUAUAUCCUCCUGACUCAUGAUAAGGCUCUUGAGUUAAAAAAAAAAAACUAUUUUCUGGACUCAAAAAUGCAUUUGGAUGUUUUGUCCUUUCUCAGCAAGAGCGUGAAGAGCAUAACCAGCAGGCUAUUGCUGCCUAUCUGAAAAAUGCCCGAAAAGAUCACCAGCGCAUCCUGGCUCGCAGACAGACCAUUGAAGAGCGUAAAGAGCGGCUCGAGAGCCUGAACAUCCAGCGUGAGAAGGAGGAGCUUGAACAGCGUGAGGCAGAGAUGCAGAAGGUUCGUAAGGCUGAGGAGGAGCGUCUGCGUCAGGAAGCCAAGGAGAGAGAGAAAGAGCGCAUCAUGCAGGAGCAUGAACAGAUCAAGAAGAAGACUGUCCGAGAGCGGCUGGAGCAGAUCAAAAAAACCGAACUUGGAGCCAAAGCCUUCAAGGAUAUUGAUAUUGAGGUCAAAUGAAGCUCAAUUUACAGCAUUGGUUGGAUACAUAGUAAUUUAAAGUGAAAAUAGGAGACUUAACAGAUGUGUUCUUACAGGAUCUUGAGGAGCUGGACCCUGAUUUCAUCAUGGCUAAACAAGUGGAGCAGCUGGAGAAGGAGAAGAAAGAACUCCAGGAGCGUCUGAAGAACCAGGAGAAGAAGGUACCUAAAGAAAACAUGAUUAAGACUAUAUGAUCAGAGGUAUCACAGAGUUCAAUUGGUUUCUGUUUCUGUCCAGAUCGACUACUUUGAAAGAGCAAAACGUUUGGAGGAGAUCCCUCUCAUCAAGAAAGCUUAUGAAGAGCAGCGUGUCAAGGACAUGGAGCUGUGGGAGCUUCAAGAAGAGGAGAGGGUAUGUUUGCUCUGUGUUUACAAAAACUCUUCUUAGCUGUAAUUGUUUCUGGUUUGUAAUGCAAGGAUUACGUCUUUCAUUUAGAUCAGCAACAUGAAGGUUGAGCGGGAGAAAGCUUUGGAGCAUAAAAAGCGCAUGUCCAGGAUGAUGGAGGACAAAGAAAACUUCUUGUCCAAAAUCACCGCAGCCCGUAGCUUCAUCUAUGAGGUGAGAUGAUCCAGACUCAAUUCUUUAGCUGUGCUGAGAGCAGCAGUUAGUAUCUAGCCUGUAUGUGUGGAGAGUGACACUAGAGGGCAGUGGUGUGUCAGCACAGUCCAUCAGUGAUGUGAAGCAAUGACAAAAUCAGUUGCAGACCAAUUUUACUGUCAAUAAUUAGUCGUUAUAUUAUUGCAUGUUGUUUAUGCUGUGUGCUGGUGGACCAUUGUUUUCUGGAGCCCAGUUGCUGAGCGGUGAGCCAUCUUUGAUCUUUGCCACCUCCCCUGAGAGCUGCAGAUGCAAAACGGCAACCAGGCAGUGACCAGUAAAAAUGGCUGAGUGGAGGUGACUGAUGUGGCACCAUCAUGUCGAAAAUGUUGGGGCAUUUUACUUUCAAUGCUGGGAAGAAAAGGGCUGCUUCCAAAAUCUGCAGCCCUUGCCCACUUCAUUGUUUGAAACCGUGUUUCCACAAAGAUGUCUGGUUUAGAUUUGGAUGAUACAAAAGAGCUCUGCGAGUAAGUUAUUUCACCAAAGAAGUGUCAUUUGCAUGUCUGUGGUCUGCUGUUAAUAUGUAAACAAGAUCAGGAUUAACUUUAACAAGCUGCACUGUACUGAACCGCACCACUUGGUGGCACCAUUUGAAGCUAAGCUACUCAUGGAGGUAAAUUCAAUCUUCUUACAGCAACACUAGUGAGGUUUAAAACUGGGACUAAUAGGGCCAAAACAAAAAUGACAUUGCACCUUGAUUCAAUGUAUACUGGCCUAAAAAUCGACAUAAGUGAAAACUCUUGGACAAAGCUGAAAGUACACUACAGCCCCUGGUUUGAAAUGAGCGCAAUUGUCCAGCAGAGGUCUCAAAUACAAUUUUCUGUCCUUAAAGGAAAAACUCAAAGCUUUCGAGGAGCGCUUGGUGGAGGAGAGGAAGAAGCGAAUGGAGGAAAGAAAAAAGCAGCGCAAAGAGGACAGGCGUAAAGCUUUUGUCCGUCAGAAAGAGGAAGAAGCACAGCGCAUUCACGAGGAGCAGCUCAAGAAGGGUAAAGAAGGGUGUUUUUACAAAGAGACCAGCGAAGCCCACCCAUCGUAAAGACAGCAUGGCAUUGUUUUGUCCUUUAGUUGGUUUGAAAACCACCUCAAAUGACUCUGCUUUUUGAAUUCAUGUACAAGACAGUAGUUCUUAAUAUUUUAAGAGUUUAUGGAGUUUGGGCGCACCCCAUAAAUUAUUUUCUGUUUUUGGCACAGAGCGAGAGGAGCGGGAACUCCUGGAACAACAGCAACGAGAAGAAGAAGAGAGGGAGUACCAGGAGCGCCUGCGCAAGCUUGAGGAGCAAGAGCGCAAGCAGCGCGCCCGUCAGCAGGAGAUCGAGGAGCGAGAACGACGUCGCGAGGAGGAGAGAAAAGGCCCCCCGGAAGAGAAAACCAAGGUGCAAAUCAGCUAUUUGAUCAGAGCUUCCACACAACACAGCAAAUCUGACUGCAUGUGCAAGCUGAAUGUCUUUCUGACAGGGUGGUAAUAGCAGGGGUUUCAGGAUUCCUGGCAAGAUAUGAACCGGAGUUACCAUUAGUAACCUAACGGUGCCUAAAGGAACGUGCUGUUUUAUUUCUCAUUGAAGUUCUUGGAAUGUAGAAAUGACAAGUGUGUGUGUCUGGUGAGGAAGAAUCUGCAAACAGAGCCUUCCUUUCCUGACAAACAAACUUGAACAGAUUUGUGACAUUAGGAUGUAAGAUCAUGGUGCCUUGUUGUUCAAAGACAUGCUGAGUGUAGAGAAUUUUGAAUGUUCCUGAUGUGAUGGUCUACUGUGUCUUGACUGACCUUUUUCCUGGUGCAGGAUUGGGGUGAGAAGGAAGAGGGAGGAUGGAGAAAACGUACUGAGGGAGGUGACUCUGAGUGGCGUCGUCCUGUGCCUGAUAGGUGAGUGAUUGUAACUUAGCUCAAACCCACAUGGCGGGUAACAUGGCGUUACACCCCCUGGACUACUGGGACCUACUUAUACAAAAACCUGUGCUUUCUGUGCAGGGAGUGGAGACAGGAGGGCCGUGAAGAAGACAAGGAGGAAAGAGAGGUCCCCUUCAGAAGAGGGGAGGGUCCUCGCAGGGGUGGGGAUGAUAGAGGACCACGGCGAGGCUUUGAUGAUGAUCGAGGUCCACGACGCGGUGGUGAUGAUGAGCGUCCUCUACGCAGAGGGUUGGAUGAUGAGCGUCCUCCACGCAGAGGCUUUGACGAUGAUCGUGGUCCAAGAAGGGGAGGAGAUGAUGACCGUGGACCCAGACGUGGCUUUGAUGAUGACCGUGGUCCCAGGCGUGGAUUUGAUGAUGACCGUGGACCCAGGCGCGGCUUUGAUGAGGACAGAGGUCCCCGUAGAGGCCUGGAUGACUUAAGAGGACCCAGGCGUGGGGCUGAUGAUGACUGGGGUCCCAGAAGAGGCGGAGAUGAUGACAGAGGUGGAAGAAGAGGCCUGGAUGAUGGGCCACGCCGUGGUGGUGGUGAUGACCCAAAACCCUGGAAGCCCCUGGGCAGACCUGGUGAGCUUGCAGGCCCUCAUCUGCCAAUCAUUGAAGGAGAUGUUUUAAGAUUAAGCUGAAAAUAUUUUUUUUUUUCUCUUUUAAAACAUGUCAUAUCAGGAGUCAACUCUCCUAUUGCAGGUGGUUGGCGUGAGCGGGAGAAAGCAAGAGAGGAGAGCUGGGGACCACCCCGAGAUGAAACCAAUGACGAAGGAGACGGUGAAGGAGAGGAGAGGUCGAGUGAGCGAAUCAGAGACCGCCGCCCUCCAAGGUUGACCUGAUGAACCUUUGCCAAAAUGUUUUUUUAUUGCAGUAAAUACAGAAAACAUCAUCAUGAACCCUUUCAAUGAGCCUUUUUUGAACGACGCUGUUUGUGUUCAUAUGUAUUCACAGAGAGGAGGGGAGCUGGAGAAGAGGAGGCACAGAGGAGGGAAGUGGGUGGAGAGAGUCUCGCAGAGAGGAAACUGACCGUGAUGAUCGCCGUGACCGUGAGGACCGCCGUGGUGACCGUCGAGGUGAUAGAGACCGCAGGGAUGAUCGUGAACCAAGAGGCGCACCCAGAGAGCAUCAAGAUGAUGGUGAGCAGAUCACAAUUCCUGACUGACAUAACCAUCAUGGUCGACAUCAGGAAUAUACGACUAUAGCUGAGCAGUUUUUCCGAAGAGGCACUUAAAAAAGGUUGAAAUCCCAUUGGCCAAUUGGCAUGACCACAAACAGGGCCUGGGGUCUGAUGGGAUUUGGAUUCUGAUGUGGAGGGACUGUGUAGGAUUCAGCUCAAUAGAUAUAUUAAGAACACAGUUAGCAAUACCCUCUGAUGUUGAGUCCUGUGACACCAACCAUUACAGUGUAGAAGUGAGAUUGAUGACAUGUAGAGAAAACACAUUUGAGGAGACGUUGUGAAGUAAGUCCAAGUUUCAAUCAAGUUUUAGGAUUUUGUUGAAACUGUAUGAAUCCAACUUCCUGAAGGGGGUGAUCGAAACUUUUGAGUCACACAAGCACACUGAGUCAAUCUCUACUAAUGGCACUAUUUAGGAGCAAAGUAACCAAAUAAAUGGUAUCCACUGGUUUGAUACUGUUGCUCUUUCUAAUGCACCCAAAGCAAUAUUUCACUGUAGAAAGUCAGGUGGUCUUCAAAAAAGAUUUUGUAUACCUGUAUAAAUACCUUGAAGCUUCUUUCUUUUUAAGAUAUUUUUCUUUGAGUUUAAUUGCAUGACAAAAAAAAGAACAACAUAGAGUUAGAAAUGCUGAAACAUUGUAUAGGAGAGGUCUGAUGUCCUAAGCUGAACAUGCUGCCCCUCUAGGAUAGACAAGAGAUAUACUGAGCAGCAAAGUUGAUCAGUUCAAAAGGACAACGACAUAGUUUUAUGUUUACAGGACCAGAGGUAGUGAAGAACUUUAAACUUUUGAAACACUUGUUGAAAGAUGAUAUUGAAGAUGUCUGUAGAGAUGGAGGUAAACUGCUAUAAAGUGAUAGCCCUCAGUAUCUCAACGUGAAGUCUGACUGAAUAGAGGGUAGAAAACCUUUUGAGUGUCCCACAUUUUCUCAAUCAAACCUGAGGCCUUUCCAAAGAAAUGUAGUAAAGUACUGGGUAGAUCUUGAGGUAAAAAGAUCAUCACCAGGUCUGACACAUUCAAGGUUUCCCUGGUGAAUUUGUCAUAAUGAGCAUCUCUGUCUUUGCAGGUGGUUCAUGGCGUCGUGGUGGGGAUGAGAAGCGAGAGGAGCGGGACAGGGAACGACCCAGGGAGAGGGAGAGGGAGCGUGACCGUGAUGCGGAUGGAGAAAAGGGGUGGCGUUCUGACAAAGAAAACCCUCGUCGCACCAAGAAUGAGACAGAUGAUGAUGGCUGGACCACUGUCCGUCGCUGAGCAACAGCCUGCUCAUCCAAGUCAACCAGUUAAUGGCAACUGUUUUUGAAAAAUCAGUAUCCUAUCAGCUGGUCAUUCACAGUGGUAAAUCUAUGGUUCCAAGCCUCUGAAAUUCUCAUGUAAUCCUUUUGAAUUAAAUAUUUGUAGGUGUUAGUUUCCCUCUUUUUUUUUUUCUUUCAGUUUUGUUUUGACUUUGAACUCUUUCAAAGUAAAAGCUCUUAACCACCUUAGGACAACAUCAAAAAACACCAAUGUAAACAUGAAUGCUCAAACAGAAAUCUGUGAAGUUAAAACUGAUUUCAGAAAAACAAUGUUCCUGCUCCAACUCUCAAUGCAAACUCUAUCACCAAAUGCCUCAUUGAAAUAUUUAACCCUGGCGUAGAUGUUUUAGUACAACUCAGAUGCACAGCUCUCAGUGGCUUGAACAUCUUUCAUGUUUUAUUGGUUUCUGCUCUUCUCAUCUAACAUUCAGACGCUUCUACAUUUUGACAUGCAUGCUUAGAGUAUUCAAUUGGUCUGGCUCAAUAAAAAGGUGGGGUUUUAUCUUGCUGCAGUCACGGUGUGAAACCAGGUUGCAUGUGUACAGAUAAAGCCUUGAUUAAUAAAGACGUUUGCUCACCAUCAACCACUUGCUCCUUUUGUCUCAAUUGCUGCAUCUUCAAUAAAUCUUAUGGAAUCAUUG